AUGAACACCAUCAAGGUCAAGCGACACGUGUACAACGCGCGUGGUGGUGCCCCACCCUACCGGGGCUACCACUUGGUCGCGACCGAUGAGGUUGAACUUCUACCUGGAAAGAAGCUCUCUGACCAGUUUGGGAAGAUCAUACCGGACGAUGGCUAUCCCGCCCCCGGCCACUUCGCGCCCCGGGCCGUCGCCUUCCAAUCGACGCCCAGCGCACAAGCGCCCAGGAAGUGGGAAGGGGGCAUGAACGAGGUGGAGGUGGAUGGCAAUAGCACUCCUGAGGAGACCUUUGGCGUGGAUGGGGAAGUGGAGCUAGCAGUCUUGAUCCCCAUGAGAGGGUUUGAUUAG